AUGUAUGCUGGUAUAUUUGAUUUGAAAGAGCAAACUUGUUCAGAUAUCCUUGACCUUAUUAUAGCAUUCGAUGAAUUACUUCUUGAUGAUGAAUUGAUUACAUUUAUUCAAAAUUAUCUGAUUAAAUAUCAAACUAGAUGGUUACAACAUCAUUGUUUUAUGGUUCUUCACAAGGUGUUUCGGCUAGAAAACUGUCAACGACUCCAAAAUUAUUGUUUAAGGACCAUUUGUGAUAAUCCUGAAUCUUUUUUUAAUUCUCCAGAUUUUCCAACAUUGGAAAAAGGUAUUCUGCUUGAACUAGUUAGAAGGGAAGAUUUAAAAAUUGGUGAAAUUAAAUUAUGGAAUUCUCUUAUAAAAUGGGGGAUGGCUCAAACUUCGGAAUUGAGAGAAAAUGAUGCGACGAAUUUAAGUAGUUGGAGUAAAAAGGAUUUUAUUUAUUUGAAAAUUGCUUUGAACCAAUUUAUAACACAUAUUCGAUUCUUCGAAAUUUCUUCAAAUGAUUUUCAUAGUGAAAUUUGGCCUUUCAGGAAAGUUUUACCUGAAGUACUUUUCGAAGAUAUUGUUUUUUUUUAUAUCACGAAGAUUAAACCUGAUCAAAACAAAUUGGCUCCUCGUCAUAGAAAAGAUGUUUAG